UACGGAAGUACAGUGAGCGGAGUCGUAUAACCUGUCCGCUGUAAACAAGACCAGUGUGUGUCUGUGCAGCCUUACAAGGAAGUAAGCAAAGAUGAGGGUUUCCACCAGUAAGCUGCAGCAGCUCACCAUCUUCACCACCUUGCUGACUGGUGGAGGGAUGGGUACCAUGUACUAUCUCCAACAGAAGAAAUUCACUGAGUCAGACUACCACAGACUGGCUCUGCAAAAGUUGGAAGAAUGUCCAGUUGCCAUGCAAAGCCUGGGUGC